UUUGCAACUCUGUUUUCUAUUCCAUUUCUCGAAAACAAAAGUACUCCCUCACAAUGCAGACAGCCGUGUUGAUUCUCCUCGUUGCGUGCUCGGCCGCCAACGCCCUUCGCUUCGCUCGCCAACUGCCGGCGCUGCCGAUACCCCAGCUGACAGGCGGCAGUGCCGGUUGCACCGCGGAACAGAAAUCCCAGUGCGGUAUGGCGCAGUGUCAGAACAACAACAACCAGAACACGCAGGUGCUUAGCGGUGGCAACAGUGGAGGCGGCGGCCUCAUCAGCCUGAUCCCGGUCAAUCUGGGCAACGGUGCUGGUGUGCAGCUGCCCAUCAAUGCAAACGUCUGCCCACCCGUCUCCGUCUGUGGUAUCUGUGCCGCCGGCAACGUGGCUGGUUAAUCCAAGAGUCACGAUUUGUUUUACAUAUAUGCGCUCUUUUAAAUUCUCGACCAUGUGAUUAUGUAGAUGUUAUUACUGUUAAAAUGACGGUGUAAGUUGGCUGUUCAAUUGCUUAUUACACUUUACGAUGACAUUGACUGUAAUACGAAAUCGGAGAAUGUUUUGCGAAAAAGAGCGUUUGUUUGGCGGUCAAGAAUUCAUAAUAGUAAGAUAUGUUUUCGCCCAUUAUUCGUAUACUGAUGCCCUUGGUCUAGCAGUAUUUUUCCCCGCCACAGA